CUCCGACCGAUACUCUUAUCGUCGAUGAAGCUGUCCAGCACGCGAUCAACGUAUGGGGUAAUGCUGCACCUCUCAGCUCACCAUUUGGAUGGGGCACGUUCCGAUAAUGCUGGACCCCGCAGACGGGAUGGUUAGAUUAUCAGAUACCGUCAUGGUAGGCGGCAUAUUGAGUGUUAGCAUUCGUCCUGCUCUCUGUAGUCCUUAGGGUUUCGCUUUCCUCUACCGCAGUCUCUAUAACACAACUAGCCAAGCAUGAGUACAGCACCGACAUUUGCGGCCCGCCAGAGUUCAGCGGCUACGGAAGACUCGUCAAGUAAAGAGUCACCUAGAGACAAGGAAGACCCACUAGCUCUGCACCACCUUCCCACCGCCACAGCGUCUUUCCACGAACAUGUAGGCGUCGAGGCUACUGCAAAGGACUCCAACCUACGGAGGACGACAUCGACUAUCCAGCGUACACGAGGCCUGCUAGGUCUUCAUCCAAUUGCACCUGUGAUUGAAGAACAUGACACUGCCGAACAUUCUGACCUUUGGUGGUCUAAAAUCCGGCUUAUUCUUCGAGAACCUCUGCUUGAAUUCUUCGGAACGUUCAUUCUUGUUCUCUUCGGUGACGGAUCAGUAGCACAAGUCCUGCUAUCUACAGGUCAAAAGUCUGCACCAGGCGGUGACGGUUAUGGCAAUUACAAUAACAUCAAUUGGGGUUGGGCUCUCGGAGUCAUGCUGGGAAUAUAUGUGGCUGGCGAUAGCGGCGCGUACCUGAACCCAGCAAUUACCUUCACGAGCUGCGUCCUCCGCAAGCUGCCCUGGCGACGCUUUCCCGCCUAUCUCAUCGCUCAAUUCCUGGGCGGCUUUGUCGCGGCAGGCGUCAUCUACGCCAACUACAUCAACGGUAUCAACAAGGUCGAAGGCCACAACAUCCGCACCGUCCCACCUUCGCCAACAGCCACGGCUGGAAUUUUCUGCACGUACCCGCAGCCCGGCGUAACGAAAGCGGGCCAGUUCUUUGACGAAUUCAUCGCUAGCGCUCUCCUGAUGUUUGUCAUCUUCGCGCUGAAAGAUGACUCAAAUAAGGGAAGCUUCUCAGCGAGUGGGUCUUUCUUCCCACUCGCGCUAUUCUUCCUAAUCUACGGCAUCGGUGCAUGUUUUGGGUGGCAAACCGGCUAUGCCAUCAAUCUUGCUCGUGACUUCGGGCCGAGGUUGAUGUCGUACGCGGUCGGUUAUGGCGAUGCUGUGUGGUCGGCAGGUGGCUAUUAUUUCUGGAUACCGAUAGUGGCGCCCUUCUGCGGGUGUCUGUUCGGUGGUCUCCUGUAUGAUGUCUUCAUUUAUACAGGCCCCUCGCCCAUUAACACACCGUGGUUCGGCUUGAAGGAAUUCUUGCAUCCGAGGAAGGCGAUUAGGGAUCGAAUCCAGCAACAGAAAGCGGAAGGCCUCGUAUGAACGCUUAGCCUUCCUGGCUGUGACAGUGGCCAUUGCUUGACUUUACUUAACUUAGCGUGCUUAUUCAAGGUGAAGUGAUGACCAGAAGAGAGAGUCAAAAUUUUAUCGAACCUUCUUGCCA